AUGCUACGCUCUUCUUGUACUGUUCUGUCUCUGUCCUCCUUUGCAGGAUGCUUCUCUCUAGAUCAGUGCAGGGAGUCUCCAGUGGGGGCGCUGCACCCAGUCCAGGGUCUUCUGGAGACCUACCGUGCUGGACUGGGCUGUGCCACGCAGGGGAGUCAUGGUCACGAGGUCCACGUCAUCAACCUGCGCAGGACCUCACUGGACCGGGCCAAACAGGUGACGCUGCAUUUAAGACCGAUCUCCGUGCUGUCCGUCCACCGCAGGCCUCUGAUCUUCGUGCUGCGAUCCCAGCGUGCCCUGGACUGGCACGUGGAGGCGGAGCGAUUGGAACCCGGGGUCCGACACCUGUUCCACGUGUCGGAGGGGUCAGCUGUCCAAAGCCCAUUGGAGAACUUCACGCUGUCCCUGCUGUCUGAGAGAAGCUUGCCCAGUCGAAGUGACCGCCUCUUGCGCUGGACAUUGAGAAAGUACCAGACAGUGACGUCCUUCACAGAGUUCGACCAGGUCAACCACGUCUACGUGCGCGUCGGACAGGAUCCGAUGAUGCCCGUGUCCUGCGUCCUGAAAAAGCUCUUCCUGUCUCAGAACUACUUGGCCUCUGAUCUUCAACCCCAGGAAGUGACAGGCUGUGUGACCCCUGGCCUGGAAAUGGACCCAGAAGUUCACUUGAUUCACCUCAGGUCCGCCGGGUCAGACCUGUCUGGCCCCCUGCAGGUGGACGUGAUGGUCACUCUGCAGCCCCCUGGCGCUCCGCUCACAGUCUGGAGCGACGUCAUCCUGCUGCUGAAGUGCGAUGCGUCCGUCAACUGGGUGAUCAGACCGCGAGGAGUGCGAGGCAGGCUGCGUGUUUAUGCGUCCAACAGCAUCUCCAUUGGUUUGGCCCCCGAGCACCUGGCCCUCACCACCACAGUCUCUGACGACCUGCAGGUGACCCCUGACCUCCUGGCGUGGGCCAAUGAGAGGGGUUUCCCUGCCGUGACAUCGUACACAGAGGCAGGGCUGGCCAACAGAUUUGUGGUCACAGUGACGAAGCACGGUGUUGCUGAUCUCCUGGACUCCGCCUUGCCCUUCCAGCAGCCUCAGCCCUGGCACGCAGACUCUGUGCCCGCGGUGCCUCCUGGCGUUGGGUUGGAGGGCUUGCUGAAGCACUGGAUGUCUCCAGGGGGAGGAGGAGGAGGAGGAGGAGAAGGGAGGGGAGACAGCGAGUCACUCCCAGGUCAGGACCAUUCCGUCGAGGGGGUUGUGCUUGUCCAGUGCCUGGGAGCCACUAUAUCCAUCCUGGUACGAGCGGAUCUACUCCAGUCUCUGGGUCUGGCGUUGGCAGACCUCACUCUAAAGGAUCCCAGCUGCAAGGUGGAGUCAAACGGCACCGACUUCCUGCUGGAGUUUGACGUCGCUUCCUGCGGGACGGUGGCGGAUUGGAGCUUGCUGGGGGUGAGGUAUCGGAACGCGGUGUUGCUAUGGAAACCUUCGGGUUCCGUUACCCCCGGCAACGACACAGAAGAGAAAGAGACCCCUCCUGCACCGAGAGGCACUGGCCGAUCGCCUCAAGUUAUUAAUUUCAGCUGCCUGGCCCCCUCCCCAGCCCUCCGAGCCGGGCAGCCCGGGGCAAUGCGAUUCUCGGGGGGUCUGGGCGGACCCCCUCUCUUCAGCAUGGACCUGUACAGCUCCGAGUCUUUCCUACAACACCACCCGGGCCCCUGCAUCAUCUCCGCCAACAGUCGCGUCUUCGUGGAGGUGGUGGUUCUGUGGAGCGAGCCUGGCCUGGGUCUGGGGGUGCAGUCCUGCUUCCUGUCCCCUCUCUCGGACCCCGAGGGGGGACCAGGCUGGACGGUCAUCGCGGAGGAGUGUCCUCAAGACGACUCUGUCACGUUCUACAGCGAGGGAGCAGGGGGGAAGAGGAGCAGCCCUUCCUGGGAGGGAGCGGGGAGGAGCACCUUCUUCAACCAGGGACACAGCGGGGGACAGACCUUCUACGCCGCAGGACGUGCCCCGGAGGGACAGGGGGGGACGAGGGACAGACGGCUGUUUAGCUUCGUGUUGCGUCCUCAGUACAACAACUCGGUCCAGUUCCUGCACUGCAAACUGACGCUGUGUGAGAGAGGUGGUGCACCCCCAAGCCAGGCUGGCAUGCCCAGGUGUGUGUCCCUGGACGAGGCCUGCACUGGCAGUAUCGCCCCGCUCUCGGUCAGCUCUCUCUGGGGUCAGUUUGGCAGGACCCUGUCCAAACCCAUCCUGGUCACUGAGGAGGGAGAGCUGCCUGCCCUAGGAUUGCCCAGGACAGCAGCCCAUUCUGUCGGAAAUAUAAUGGGAAACCCAAGAGCCGGCUCCCUUUCUGUUCCCUGGGCCGGCCCUUCUGCUGCUUAUGUGGACACUGGGCUGGAUGCCCGCGUGGUUGUUGGCAUCACGUUCACAGCCUUCCUGAUCGGCGUGUGUCUGACCGCGGCGCUCUGGUGCAUCUACUCCAGAACGGACAUGCCGAAGCUAAAAAAGGGAAACCCACCUUUCAACAAUGAAGACCCCAGGAGACCCUAUGUGGACCACUGCAGUAGCUCUGUGUAGAGGCUUGUUGCAUCCCGACAAGAUAAAGUCUCACUUUAUUCUGCAUCGAACGCGUCUCCCUGCCUGUCCUCUUACUGUCUCUCGAACCCACUCCAGGGAAAAAGCACAGCUGUUGAGCUACAGCAUUUUUCCGUCUGUGUUUUUCUUCGUUUUCAAACAGGCUCGGAGUAGCUGUGUCCUCUCUCUCUACAGUUAAGCCAUUGCACUUCUCUGCUGCUACCAGCUACCCUGAGCACUGAAAGACAAGUUCUCAUUACCUGGAGUUUUACCUACAAUUCAGCGUUGACUCUGUUUGAUUUGUAUGUAAAAAAGGAAGAAAGUAGUACUGGUAAUUAUAAGAAUAAUAAAUAAUAUGCCUCUUUUUCGUA